AUGAAGGGACUCAUGAGGAAACGCUCCACAACUGCAGCUCGGUUGCAGCGCGCUUUCAGCGCCAAGGGACUCCGAGGUCAAAUCAGCGACUCGCCUAACAACAACAACAACAACAACAAUGCUUCCAACAAUGACAUCAACUAUGGCAUUAACAAUAGUAGUGUGAACAGCAGCAUCAACAAUGGCUAUCCCGAUGCAGCCACUGACGCCUUGUCCCCUCACAGCAACACAUCGGGGCACCUGAGCAACAUGUCGCCUCACAACAACAUAUCAGGACACCACAACAACAUGUCACCACAUAACAACACAUCAGGGCACCACACAAACAUGUCACCACACAACAAUACAUCAAGGCACCACAACAACGGCAGUCUCUACCACAACGACUGCAGCAACUCUUCUGUCUCGAUGCCUCGGCCCAAACGUCACUUCAUUAUGGAAACUCCUGUCCAGUUUACUACCGGCGUGCAGUCUCAGGAGCGACACUUGUUCCUGUUCUCCGACCUGUUGCUGGUCGCAAAGUCUCGCAGCGGUGGCAACUUCAAGCUCAAGGAGAAGGUUCGAGUAUCGGAGAUGUGGUUGUCCUCUUGUCUUGAAGACGUAGCUGAAGUCUCCAAAAGUCACGACACUUCCUUUGUUAUGGGAUGGCCGACCACAAACGUCGUCGCUACCUUCAGUUGUGUCGCCACCAAAGACCUCUGGUACAACAAGCUGGCCCAGGUCAUCGCCGAGGAAAAAGAGUCUACGCCGCCCACCACCAACAUCCAAGUUUCCUACUACGACCCUAACACCUCUGCAGAUAUCUGCAAAACGGUGACCGUGACCUCGAACACCAACGCCCGCGAGUGCAUCAACCUGAUUUUGGAUCACCUCGAAAUGCGUGACGCGGACGUGACGAAGUUUCAGCUGUGGGUGAAGUCGUCUUUGGAAGACUCGCCUUAUCCUCUCAUCGGCCACGAGUUCCCCUUUGCUAUUAAGUACAACUGCAUGCGUGAAACGAUGCAGGACUGCGAUGCCGAACAGUGCAACAACCUCUACAACAACGGUUCUCACUCCUCGGGUGCGGACGUGAAAUGUCAAUUCAUUCUAAGGCAGGAACGUAAGCCUGGUCUAGAUGGACUCAACGCCGAUAGCAAGAAAGUGUCAAAGAAAGCGCGCAAGUCGCCCAUUCGCAUCCACAACGUCUUCAAGCGGUCCAACAGCAAAGGGGACUCUAUCGAUGGUGCGGGACCGGCGCCCCCCGGUAUCUUGUUCGGCCAUUCACUUGGCAAGCUCUUCGCAGCUAAUGGAUCUGCCCUGCCUAAACCUAUCAUGGAUAUGCUGAUGCAGCUCUUCCAGAAAGGCCCUUUCACUGUUGGGAUUUUCCGAAAAUCGGCCAACGCUCGCCUGGUGCGAGAGCUGCGAGAGAAGCUGGACUCGGGCUGCCCGUCCGACCUGAGCAGCACCAACAUCACCGCCGUCGCCGCGAUACUCAAAGAAUUCCUGCGAUCUCUUCCGGACUCCCUUCUUUGUUCCCAGUUCUAUGAUGAAUGGCUGGAAAUUCCUUCGCUAUCUUCUGUUCGCGACCAAAUAAGCCAUACUCUUUUGCUGUGCAGCCGCCUGCCACGUGCCAAUCUAUUACUUCUGCAGCAUUUCCUGUGCAUUUUACACCACAUCGCCCGCCGUUCGUCGCAAAACAUGAUGCCGCCGUCGAAUUUAGCGGUCUGUGUUGGGCCGUCUCUUUUAUGGCCAUCUUCUCCUAUCGUCGCAUUUAAUCCUGAAACCUCAAAGCAAGCGCCUUCAGUUAUAGAGUUCCUCAUCGAGCGUUUCGGAGAAGUUUUCGGUGAAGCCAUGCUCAGAAUUAUGGGCGAUCCUCCAGAACAAGACUCGGCCAGGCAAGAUAGCGGAGCAGAGGAGUCGGAUAGCCUGCAUAGUGGCCAUAGCUUGCACAGUUGCAAUGGUAGAAGGGAUGACAGCAGCAUCGACUCACUCGAGAGGGACUUGGAAGGUGAAUUAUCGCCUCUGCCGCGCAAGGAUAAAAUGUCUUUGACGAAUCUAAGCCGAGACUCCGGGUUGACCAUGAGUGACACUCAGCUCUACACUCCUGAUGAAGAAGAGAGCGAGAGCACAAGCUCCGGACAUUCGAGUGGUGAUAAGAACGCGCCUUAUCCUGACCACAGAAAUGUUGAACGCGUCCAGCAUUAUCCGGCACCCAACAACCCAAAUGCCAUCUACACAGCUGUGUGUAGAAGGUCCGAUAAAAGUAAUGGGUACGACGAGCACGAAAAUUAUUACGCAACUCCGUCCCGUGAGCACACGCGUGUGCACAUAACGUACUCAACUCCCAAUUAUGCCGUCGGGAAUAAAGACUACUCGUUGCAAACGUACUCUCCUGAACGUCUUAGCGAUAACUCAAGGAUGACUUACGAAAACGACUCAAUAUACAGCGUGCCAUCAACCGAUCCCAGCCACAAGCAGGUUCUGGAAAUUGAAAACGUAAAUUCAAAUUUCCAACGGGACGACCCAAUGAGAAGAAAAUCUAAUUUACGAAAGGCUUACAAGACCAACAAUGUCGAACACGGUCUCAUCCGGACCACUUCAGAAGAGAGUUUAUUAAGCAAAUACAACAACCAUGAAUACGGUAUGUCACUGGGAGCUAGUGGAACAACUAAUUUACGUUCUCCAUCGGCAGAGAGAACUCGGUCGCCGGCGACAAUCGAAUACGAUGACAGCGCAAAUUUCAUCACCAGGGACUCGCCGCUUCGUCGCUCCAGAUCUGCUCAUUAUCUUGCGGAAGUCCGAAAAGAAAAACUCAAAGAUAACUCUGAAAAUCUCAUGUCCAUUUCGCGCUCGGCUUCGCAAGAUACAGUUUCAUGGCUAAGAUCGAGGUCCACGUCCAACAUACAAGAUGAAGUUGAUCGUUCGUACGACUCUUCGACAUUAAGCGACGAUGACUCCACACCUCACGUUUCGCGCUCUAACUCUAGAGGUAAAGAGUGUGGCAGCGGAAGCAACGGUCACUGGGAUCCGCAGACUCCAUCUGACUCUGGCAACUCCCGUAAUUCUUCGUUCAAAAGCGAAAGGACCGGCAGUGUCUGCACAGUCAUAUCGGCAGGCAGUUGCUCCACACUUUCGUCAAACCCUCCAUCUUAUGAAGAAGCCUUGAACAGACGUUCUAUUAUGUUGCAGCAUCAGCAGCAACAGAACUCAGGAUCUCCUUCUCAAUUUAAUGACCAUUCCAUUCGGGAAGAAAAGGUUAAAUCUGCUCGAGCCAAGAAGCUGUAUGCAGAUUCUUUGCGCUUGUACCAAGAAGAAAAGGUCUUUGGAGACAUCGUUCGCGCGUCACCGGCUCACACUCUCGACGUGGAUGAAGUUGACUGUCCUCCACCUCUGCCUCCUAAGGGUGACCCGCCUCCUCUUCCUCCUAAGCAACGAUCCAGCCGACGUAUGAGCAGUGAAAAUUCCAAUAAAUUGAAACAUCUUCCACCCGUCCACGUAGAAACUACGAGUAGAAAGAAGCAAAGCAGUCUUUCUUUAAAUUCUUCCGUUGGUCCCACUAUGCACAAAACUAUAAUCUAUACCGAUGUUGGCCCUCCUAAUCUGCCUCCUAAAGAACGCACUGUUAUAGAGGUCGUGGAGAGCACCAAUGAUCGCGACAGGACAGUUCGCACCGUCGCCCAGCCUGUCGUCGAGAAGAAGAGCAUUGAGACUCAAACAGACGACUGCGACUUGGACGACGACGAUGACAUAAGAGAUGACGACAGCCCAACUUCGGACGCUUGGAUGUCAGACCACGUAACAUCAGUUCAAGUUCCUGAUAGCACCUACAAUAACUACAACAUUAACUCCGUCUCGGCUUCGUCUAACGGAAACUCCAAGAGCAGCACCAAGAGGAGCCGAGGUCGCCCUCGAAGAAGAGAUUCCUCAGCUUCUCAGCGAAGCCGCAGCGUUCCCAGUCGAGAUUCAGCCAUACAUCCUUCCUCCUCGGACAGUGAGGACGAUGAAUGGGAGUUCCCCCACGAAUAUCCUGGAGCAGUCAACUACGGUCUGAGAGAUUUCGCUAAUUAUGAGCCCGAACUGAGGCAGGAAAUAAGUUGGUCCGUAUCACAACUGCGAGCGAUAUUUGGCGAAAGCCUAAAGGGCGCUAAAGUCCAUCCGCCCCCAUACCGACCUCCGCCGAUCGCGGGCCGCGCCCCUAUAACGUCUUACCAUCUCGGAGCCAAGGACAACUUCUGUAGAAAAUCAUCGCGACCGCAGUCUUCUUAUGGAGAGGAAUCUUACGUCUGAGACCAAUGAUUGACACUUGUGCGCGCCAGUCUUGUGUUUCAGAGCUUGUUUAUAAUGUAUACGUAAUUGUUACAUAUUUUUAUCACACGAAGAACCAAUCAAAAUGAAUGUUGUGAUGGUGAGUUAGCGUUAGUUGGUUGUACGUAACUGUUCUUUGAUCCUUACGCAACACUCAUCAUUAGAUAGGAACAAUUCGUUAAGUGCCUUAAUAUUUUUAUCGUUGUUACUUUAGGAAAUUUAAACGCGACGUGGAGCUAGUGAAGAGACAAGCUCACUGUUCUGAGAACGUUACUCGAUCAUUAACCCGAUUUUCUAAGAUAGUGAAGUUUUUGGCCAAACUUGUGUUUGAAUGUCCCUGACCUCAGUUAUAUUUAUUCUAUUAACUACCGCAUUCCAAAAUGAUUUUUUGGUUGUUUAAGAUAAAUCGAGGUUAUUAAGGAAACUCCGCGUGUAAUUUCGCUUCGCUUUGCUUUGAAACUAAGACUUAAUCUGUCCCCACCGUUGCUGUUUUUUUACCAUAAGCAGUUCUCUUUUAUACAUUAAUGUUACGUUGCAAGUAUGAUCCGGCGCGAUGUUGCUCACUGUACCUUCAUGAGAACGCGUUAACUAGCGUCUUCAUGUCAUCGAUCUUCUGUCUCAAAGUUUAUGUAAAUAUUUGCUAGGCCAAAUGUGAUUACUGGAGACAUUUCUCACUCUCAAUGAUUCUCUCCAUAUGUUACGAAACGUUCUCCUAACAAGUUUCGAUGAGACUGUUGAUAUUCAAACGAUCUUAUCAUGUCGAUGAGAAUUGUUGCGUUGAUUUAAACUUGCACUUAUGCUGAGAAAUAUUCCUUUUGAAUGAGAAUUUUCACUCCAUGAAAAAAAUUUUCACUUCCUAUGAGAAUUUGUUUCCAAUGAGAAGUUUCAUUACAAUUUCAUAGAAUUUGUAAUCCAAUUGCGACUGUUGAAAUAGUUUGUUACUUUUUAGAGUGCGUGAAUGAUUAACUUAUUAAUAUUCAGACGAAAGUACGUUGUUAUGAUGCAGUGUAUGAACUUGGCUGCAAGUACGCUAGGUGUUGGCUCGUCGCGGUGAUUUUGUACAGGUUUAUCGUCUAAGUCAUAAAGUGUAAGACGAAUUGGAGUCUCAAUGAUCGAAGUAGGUGAAUUAAAAUGAUUAUCAUUAAGAAUUUCAAAGCUCUAUUGAGCUCUCAAUGAUGACCAAGAGCUUGAAUAAAAUGAUGUACAGGAUAACUCCUUCUCUAUGCUCAUGUUCAAAUUCUUUUGUGAAAAUAUUUUUUUGGGCAAAGGUCGGAAUUUUUCUCGGGAUUCAUGUUGAUAUUAAAGCCAACGUGCUUAACAGUAAGGCAAGUUAUGAAAUAUUGUACGACACUCCCUUAAUGAUGUUCGGAAUACUUCUUCGAGAAGUAUAAGAAAUUUCAAAAAUUUCCAUAGAUUUAGUUCAAUAUUGUAUGAAUCAAAAUUCAUGCUAUAAAAGUUUGAAUUAUUGGGAUUCAAUUACAAAGUUGUUCGUUAACGCUACUACAUUAGUUUGACACUAAUGACAUUUCGUACAUGUCCCUGCAAAUUAAAAAAAAACAUGGUAAUGUUUUCAAUUUCAUGCACAGAGAAAAUUUUCAUGUCGCUCUUCAGGAGCCGGAAUUUUCAGGAGAUCACUAAAAAAUUUAUGCAUCCCAUGUAGAUUCAAAAUUUUAGCUGUAAAUUUUCAGCGACUUGUGAACAUAAUUUUACGUCGCGCCCACCGAGUUAAGCUCGGCCAUUCAUACAUGCCUGGCUGCUCAAUUAAUGGUCACAAAGUGUGAAGUUAUUAAUUAUUAAUCAGUAUUGAACAUAGAGUGCGAGUAAGGAGUAAAUUAAGUUUGUACAUAUUAAGGCUUCCGUUUUUAUAAUUUGUUAUAACAUAAACUAUAUACAGUCAAA